GGGGCCAAGGCUCAGGGAGGCGGGGCCUAGGUUCCUGGAGGCGGGGCCGCGGAGCUCCCCGCGCUCGCGGGCGGGGGCGGGGCGCGGUGUCCGCGCUUCCUCCCGGAGGUGUCUCCAGGCCGUGGCCGGGUGGCCAGCAAUGGACCGGGCAGCUGUGGCUCGAGUGGGCGCCGUGGCGAGUGCCAGCGUGUGCGCCCUGGUGGCUGGGUUGGUGCUGGCGCAGUACCUGCUCACUGCCAAGAAAAGGACGGGCAAGAAGACCAAGAUCAUCGAGAUGAUGCCGGAAUUCCAGAAAAGCACUGUUCACAUCAAGAACCCAGCCAAAGUGGAAGAGAUCCUUUGCGGCCUUAUUAAAGGAGGAGCCACCAAACUCCAGAUAAUUACAGACUUUGAUAUGACAUUAAGCAGAUUUUCCUAUGGUGGAAAAAGAUGCCCGACAUGUCAUAAUGUCAUUGACAACUGUAAACUGGUUACAGAUGAAUGUCGAAAGAAGUUAUUACAACUAAAGGAAAAAUACUAUGCCAUUGAAAUCGAUCCAGACCUUACCAUAGAAGAGAAAUACCCUUACAUGGUAGAAUGGUACACAAAAUCACACACUUUGUUGGUGGAGCAGGCGCUGCAGAAGAGCAAGCUUCAAGAAAUCGUGGAAGAAUCCGAUGUGAUGCUCAAGGAAGGAUAUGAACAUUUCUUUGACAAACUCAAAGACCAUAACGUCCCUGUGUUCAUCUUCUCCGCUGGUAUUGGAGAUGUCCUGGAAGAAGUGAUCCGCCAGGCCGGGGUCUACCAUAAUAAUGUCAAAGUCGUGUCCAACUUUAUGGAUUUUGAUGAAAACGGGGUGAUUAAAGGAUUUAAGGGAGAAUUAAUUCAUGUAUUCAACAAGCAUGAUGGCGCCCUGAGGAACACACAGUACUUUAAGCAGCUGAAAGACAACAGUAACAUCAUCCUCCUGGGAGAUUCUCAGGGAGACUUGAGGAUGGCGGAUGGCGUGGCCAAUGUGGACAACAUUCUGAAAAUCGGUUAUCUCAAUGAUCGUGUGGAUGAACUCUUAGAAAAAUACAUGAACUCUUAUGACAUCGUUCUGGUAAAAGAAGAAUCCCUGGAAUUGGUCAAUUCCAUCCUCCAGAAGAUCCUCUGAGGAGCACAGGCAGGAGGCCUUCCUCCCCAGGACCCCGAGGAGGGGGCGGAGGAGCGGUUCUGGCCUCCCGGGGCCCAUCCCCUCCUCCGACCCGGGAGGCGCUUCUUCCCAUCGCUGGACUCUCCUCUAAUCGUAUUCCAAAUAAUACAGUGACUCCAUCAAGAGGAUGCUUUGAAACAAAAGUAUUUUCACCUUCCAUCACACUCCCCACCACAAAUUGUAAUAAUUUACACACACACACUUGAAAGCCACGUUGUGGACACAGUUGCCUCCUUCCCCUCCUUCCCUCCCUCUUCAGAAGUGGACUGUAUCUUCAUUCAAUCGUGGAUGUUUUAAGGAAUGUUUUUACCAUGCGUUGUGAUCACCAGGGCCUGAGUCGCACAUGUUGUUACACGAGAUGAUGCGCGGGGGCGUGAGUGUCUCCUUUUUGUACAUUUUGCCUCUUCUCUUACUGAUCAGGGCAGCCUUAGCCAGGUAUCCAGAUUGCAGCCUGGGGCAGGAUUGACUUAAAGUCAUACGGCUGAGCUUCCUAGCCCGAUUCUGUGUGUUUGGGCAGGCUCUUUAAAGGCCAGCCGUGGUACCUCUGGAGAAAACCCUGGGGCUGGGCCUGGGGCCCGGUCUAUAUGAGAACACCAACAACCAGCAGUUCAAGGUGGCAAGAAAAGUGUUCAAAUUCAACUCUUGAUGGAACAGAAAAUGACCAGUUUCUCUGGGGUCAGGUAAUCAUAGGAUCAUGGGUCUAGGACUGGAAAGGAACCUUAGAGACCCUCCCAUUUGACUGAGGUGGAAUCUCAAGCCCAGAGCCAGGAUCUGUUAUCAGGUUCCCCAGAUCCAAAGGAAGUGCUUCCAUCUCUACUGGAAUGGCAGCUGGCUUUUUGGACUGAACCAUUUCAGAAUUCAGACCAAGGUUCUGUGAGCAAGGUGUGGUCACCAGUUCCUGAAAAGUAACCCUCCUAGGGAGGGUGGGGAAGAGGGGUGCAGGGAGUAAGUGAAUUGUCUGUCUUUUCCUAUACAGAAAAUGUAAAAUGGGGACAGUCUGUUUUCUGUUGGCUUAGCCCCAAGAAGCAUCAGUCUGUGUCAGGGCUUGCCAUAUUCAAGGCAUGUCCUCGUGUAUCUGGUAUGCCCUGGCCGGCCCUCCAUACCUCCCUAUGGAAAUUAAAAUAUUCUCCUUUCCAGCGGAUGGUCAUCAUUGUCCCGUUUUUAAUUGGCCUGACUUGAAGAGACCCCUUCACAACCUGAAUCGGACUGGCCAAACUGGGGAUUUUGAGCAGAAUUGUCCUGAGGGUUCCAUCCAGGUGCAGUGGGCAGGAGGCCAAAGUGGGAACAAACUUCCAGCCUCAAAAGUCUUUGGAGACUCCAUGAAUUCGGACAGCCGAUACAGAUGAGUGGAGUGUCUAGCCUAAUUGGCAAAAAAAAAAAAAAAAUAGAGAGACAGCCCCACUUUAAGAACUGGUUUGAUUCGAGAAGUUUCUAAGUCCUUUGAAAUUCAACAAUAGCUUUUCCCCGAAAUGGUGGUUAGGUUACCAAGUCAAUGCAGAUAAUUGUGUUUGAGCUGUAAUGUGCCCUGGAAAGAGGCAGAAAAGGUGCUGAUCAGAAUGACUCAGAAUAGGGCAGAAGAUAAAUUUAAAAUAUGCUUGAGUGUUGGUGCAUCAGACAAGAUCUCAUGAUGAGAGAUGUACACGAACUAUGCAUGUGUGUGAAGAAGCAUUGAACGUGGCCACUCGGGGCUCCAUCUUUGGUGCAUGGGCUGGACAGGGACUGAGUGCUCCCCCACACACACCCCCGCAGCCCUGGAGGGCAAGUGGAGGACUUCAGACAGAAGCUUGUUGGGGCAGUGAUUGAAGGGAGUCCUAGAGAGAGCCAGAUGGGAGUGGCCUUCGAGGCUCCACACUCUCCUCCUUCAUCCAGCCUGGGGCCAGAAUCAUUUAGGUCAUGUCACUGCCCUGCUCAGAAGUCAGUGGCCCCCUAGGACCAGCAGAGGAGGGGGAAAUCCUUUUGACUGGUCUUCAUAGGAUCCUCCCCCUUUGUCUUACAGAGGAGGGGACGCCAAUAGGAUCCCAGCUCUAGAGCCGGAGGGGACCUCAGCAACCACCUGAUCUGUGCUAGGUCAGAUGUGUCAGGCAUGUCCGACUCUUUGUGAUCCCAUUUGGGGUUUUCUUGGCAAGGAUACUGGAGUUAUUUGACAUUUCCUUCUCCAGCUCAUUUUACAGAUGAGGUUAUGUGACUUGCCCAGGGUCACACUGCUAGUACAUGUUUGAGGCUGGAUUUGACUCCAGGCCCAGCGCUCCCUGCACUCUGGUGCCCCCUAGUGGUCCUCCAUCUAAUCCACCCUCUUUGUCUUCUGGAUGAGACAGGGGUUAUCCGCCCCAGGUCACUCAGGUAGUAAACAUCAGAGGUGUUAUUUGAACUCACAUCCUGGACGCCAGAGCCACCGGUCUUCCCACCGUACCACACUGCCUCCUAAGGUCCCCCCAGAUCUGAUAUGAUCAGGUACCUACUGCUCACUAGCCCCAAAGCUGGGAAGACAAGAAUCAGCCCAGCCCUCAGGAGCCGCAUCUCCGGAAUCUCCCCCUGCUCCCUCACAGUGGUCAGCUGAGCAUCUCUAGAGUGGCCAAGGCCUCGGGCCCAGGGUCAAGGUCAGGGCCCCUAGGCCACCAGACCUCUCUGAACCUCAGCUGCCUCAUCUGUCAAGUGGGCCUGGUGACCAUAGGGACGGGCUUGUGGAGGAUGAUGCCAGGUAAACAAACCCCGAGUGCUAAGGAAGAUGGGAGCUAGGUAGGGGCGGGUGGAAGGGGAAGCCUGGUCUGCACGACUACCUUGUGCAGGAGUUAGUGCACAGUGUUAGUGUCAGGAAGGCCUGGGUUUGAAUCCCACUUCAGACACCUACUCAUUCUGUGGCUCUCAGCAUCUGGAACCCCAAGGUCCCUCCCACUGUCAGUCUCUAACUCUGCCCCAAGUUUACUCAAAGACAGCCCUCUUGCACUGGAAUUUGCAAAGCACUUUAUGCAUCUUAUCUCAUUCCACCCUCAUAGCUCCAGGGAGCACCGGGGAGGUGGUGUGGGUUGUUAGUUUUGUUGGACUCUUCAAGACCCUGUUUGGGGUUUUCUUGGCAGAGAUACUGGAGGGGUUUGGCCAUUUCCUUCUCCAGCUCAUUUUACAGAUGAGGGAACUGAGGCAGACAGGGUUAAGUAACUUGGCCAGGGUCACACAGUGUCUGAGGCUGGAUUUGAACUCAGGUCUUCCUGACUCCAGGGCCAGCACUCCAUCCACUGUGCCACCUCACUGCCCCACUAGGAAGAUAUUUGGUGGGUUUUUAUCCCCAUUGUUACUGAUUCACAAAAAAGGUAAAGGGGCUUUCCCAGGGGCACAGAGUGACAGAAUUUGAACCCAGUUCCUACUGACUCCAAACGAGAGCUCUUUAACCUGUCCCACCCUGUGUGGUUGCACACUGGCAUUCUAAUUACAGAUCACGUUUAUGUGUUUGUUCAAACUGGAAGCCUAAUUGAAAAAAAUAAAAACGGCAUGUGUUUCAAUAUG